AUGAGUGAAGAAGGCAACAGCACCAGCUUUGAGGCUGUGUUACCAGCAGGUGGAACAGCAAUUCGUCAGUUUGUAGAAGACAGAAUACAGACGACUAUGCUGACCGGAAUUGCAAUUGGGGCGGCAGUCGCGUUGCUGCUUAUCGCAGUUGUGUUUGUUGUUUACAGAAGAGUGAAACAAUCUAAACAACUUCAGCCACAUGUGCCUCAGUACAGGUUUCGCAAGAGAGACAAAGUGUUGUUCUAUGGGCGGAAGAUCAUGAGAAAGGUUACAACUCUUCCCAACACUCUGGUUGGGAACACUGUGCCUCGCCAAAGGAUGCGGAAGCGAGCAAAGGUUUUGUCUUUGGCUAAAAGGAUUCUGCGUAUUAAGAAGGAAUGUCCGACUCUGCAGCCAAAAGAACCACCUCCCUCUUUGCUAGAGGCAGAUCUGACUGAAUUUGAUGUAAAGAAUUCCCAUUUGCCAUCAGAAGUCCUGUACAUGCUUAAAAAUGUUAGGGUCCUUGGGCACUUUGAGAAACCCCUUUUCCUGGAGCUGUGCAAGCACAUGUUUUUUGUGCAGUUGCAUGAAGGCGAAUACAUCUUUCGGCCUGGGCAGCUGGACAACAGCAUCUACGUUGUGCAGGAUGGCAAGCUGGAAGUCUGCAUUCAAGAGAGUGAUGGAACAGAGGUGGUUGUCAAGGAGGUGCUGGCUGGAGACAGUGUCCACAGCCUUCUCAGCAUUCUUGAUGUUAUCACGGGUCACCCUGCUCCUUACAAAACGGUCUCAGCCCGAGCAGCUGUUCCCUCCACUAUAUUGCGACUUCCAGCAAGUGCCUUUCAAGAUGUCUUUCAGAAAUAUCCUGAAACUCUUGUUAGAGUGGUACAGAUCAUCAUGGUAAGGCUGCAGAGAGUGACAUUCCUUGCUUUGCACAACUACCUUGGUCUGACUACUGAGCUCUUCAAUUGUCAGAGCCAAGCCAUCCCGCUCAUCUCAGUGACAAGUGUAACAUCUGGAGGCAGUUCGAGCAAAGCAGUAAAAAGACAAGUGUCUAAUGUAUCAGAGGAAGAUCGUGGAGAAAAGUGUGAAAAAGCUGGGGAAGCACUGGAAAUAGAUACAUCGAAGAUUUCUGGUACAGAAAACUCUGAGCAUGUUUUCAGAAGAAGCCUUUCUUCACCUCCCUAUGCAGGGUCUGCAGAGCCCUCUAAUAAUUCCAGCGGCGCAAAGUCAGACAUGGACAUGGCGUAUGAGAGAGCCAGGGUGCACUUUGGCUCGGAGGACACUGCCAGCAGUCCUGUUGUGGGCAAGUCGAUAUUGAAGAAGACUGUGACGGUGACAGAAACUCCUUCGGCAGUUUUCCAUUACAGUGCUGUGCAAGAUUCCUGUAAUAGCAAACAUAUUGAUGCCAUCGUCGAGGCUGCAAAGAAAGACCUUUCAACCUUGAUGAAACUUGAUGAUCCUUCAUUGUUGAAUGGCAAAGUGACGCUGCAUCAGGUUACUGCUGGGACUGUGCUGUCGAGGCAAGGAGAUCAGGAUGUUAAUGUUUGCUUUGUGGUCUCGGGGAUGCUCCAUGUGUACCAACGGAAGAUAGACUCGGAGGAGGACACCUGUCUGUUCAUCACCCAUCCAGGAGAACUCGUGGGUCAGCUCGCUGUCCUGACUGGGGAACCGCUGAUUUUCACCAUCAAGGCCAAUCGAGACUGCAGCUUCCUCUCUAUUUCCAAGUCCCAUUUCUAUGAGAUAAUGCGGGAGCAGCCAAGCGUAGUUCUCGGUGUGGCCCACACAGUUGUGAAGAGAAUGUCCCCGUUUGUUAGGCAAAUUGACUUUGCGCUGGAUUGGAUGGAGGUUGAGGCUGGACGAGCUGUUUACAGGCAGGGCGACAAGUCCGACUGCACGUACAUCGUGUUGAAUGGUCGACUUCGCUCCGUCAUACGGAUGGAUGAUGGGAAAAAGCACCUGACUGGUGAAUACGGCCGAGGAGACUUGAUUGGGGUGGUAAGAGCCAGUUUCAAAAAUUAA